CGCCGUAUUCCCCUGUCUGCGUACAGAAUGCGACCAGACACUAUUACUGCCUCUGCCAAUCAAGGAAAGAGGACGAACUCCCUUGCAUUUGCCCAGUCAGAUUGUCAUACUUGCACAUCAACUGGGGAGCAUUGUGAUCGCCGCCGUCCGCAAUGUUCAACCUGCCUCUCGUUAGGCCGAAAGUGUGGCGGGUUUGCGACUCCUCUAUCUUGGGACUCCAGACGGAUGUGGACCAAGACUUUUUCAGCAACCCAUGAUGACACCCCAAGUGGGGAGAAUACAAGAAAUAAUUCUGCUGCAUUCGUGACCAGUCAACCGGGCUCGGCCACAUCAGGUCUUAAAAGCAAUAGUACUAUGCCAGCACCGCGUCGGCCCUUCCGUUUCGUCACAGCUGGGUCCAAGCCAAGGAAGCGCCGGAGAACCCGCAACGACGGGGGGACUAGAACGGUAGAGAGCCAAGAAGUGGAGUAUCGUGAUGAGGCUGUGAAAGGGGUAAGUGAGGAGGACACGUUUAGGACAGGAGAUGCCCAAUCUGGGGAAGAUCUGGCCAACCAUGAACCAGAGAUAUUCGACGGCAGGCUAUGGGAGGACUUCGAUUUAAUCGACUCCUUCGCGCCGAACAUCUUUGAGUCGGUACCACAUCUUAAUUUUGGUCUACAGGAGCCAUUGAUGACGGAUUCCCCGGGUCUCCCCUCCUUACUAGCCCAAUCGAACCCGUUUUCUGGCAUUGACGAAUUGAAUGAAUCAAUGCCUGCCGAAAACUCACCCCAAGACCAGCUCGUAAUCCAGACGCUGGGCUCCACACCUUUUGAGUCUAUCCAAAACCUCCGAUGUGAGGACCUUGAUCUCAAUAGCUCGAGGUGUUCCAUUCCACAAGGCCCCUCUUCUCUUCCUAGAAAGUCCACAAUCUCUGAGCUAUCACCGCAGGACCAUGAUCUCCUUUUGGAUAUGUACGAUUCUGAGUUUUGUGUCUUGCCGUUGACGUCAGAUAUUUCAGUCAACCCAUUUCGCUGUCAGCGCCAGUUACCGCAGGGGUCGCACAUACUCUUCCAUUCCAUAUUGGCACUAUGUUGCCAGCACUUGAAACGCCUUACGGGCAAUUGGUCAGCUGAAGCAGAGGAACAUCGGCGCAAGGCUCUUCAGUUGCUUGAAGGGGCGCUGCAGAGCAAACAAGCGAACGAUCAUUUUCACCUGCUAGAGCCAAUACUUAUUCUUUUUACGCUUGAUUGCGCCCUGUCCGCUGCCGGAUCGUGGACGACCCACCUCAACCGUGCACAUUCGCUCCUUCAAGCAUGUGGUGGCCCCAAUGCGACUCUCGCUCUGAUAUCCCGACAAGGAACUGUCAUGCAUCGCUCAUACCUAGAAUUCCUCGUACGCUGGGAAAAGCAAGACGAAUGGUCAUUUUUCGACCUAACUGGCUGCCCUCGCGACCUAUUCGCCCAUCUCUUCUUCUUAACAGAGCUAGCCCGACAAAGUGAAAUUGCAAUGUCCAUGGAAUGGCUAUCCUUCAACGUCGCACCAGUAAUGGACAUAGAACAACAACUGAUACAGUGGUAUAACGAAGAAGGCUCAUUUCCAAGACAUAAGGAGCAAGAACAGGAUGUUUCUGACACCGAUAUCGAAAAGCAGGACCACGAGCAACGAGACCGGUACCACUGUGCCGAAGCCUGGCGUUGCGCUCUACUUCUAUACGUCGAGCGCGUGUUUAAAAGUGACAAGAUCAAACGACAGCCAGCCAUUAACAGGCUGAGUCGCCGGACUCUAGACCAUAUUCGAUGCUGUCGACGAUCAUCUCAAACCCAGAAGCAGCUGCUUCUGCCGAUCUUCCUGGCGGGAAGUGAAACUUCGGAUGAGGAGAUGAGGGGGUUUGUUAAGGAUUACUGCUCGUAUUGGGGUGAUAAGAGCCGGUAUCAUAUGUUUCACUCUGUUCCGGCACUGUUGGAUGAGAUAUGGGCUACGAAGAAGUGGUGGGGUGCUGUCAUUGAUAGUAGGACGAAAUCGCCAACACCUGGCCUGGGAAAGGUUCCUGAGCAGUUGCUAUUUGGGUGAGAUAUACAGGGUGAGAACAAAAUGCAAUUAGAGAUCUCCGAAAAAUAAGCCAAAUUAAUAAUCUCGAU